UUGAACCUACGCGCGAACUGUCAAUAUCAUCAUGAAGCUAGUAACGCGCGCCGGGAUACGCUACACAAUUGAUCGAUUAGUUGGAAAUUAAUUUAUUAGCGGCAUUCAAAGCAGCAAGUGAGCGACGACUUAGCAAACAGUGUCACGGUUGGAAAUCAUCCUUCAUAAACGGGUUCCAAUUAAUACCCACCGGAAUACACACAGCGAAAGGAAUGAAAUGUCACCAAGACCAGCAAAUUCGGGUCAUCGGCUGUAAAGACAGCAAAGCAGCAGAUAUAUUAGCCUGUUCUUAAUCACUUAUACCGAGAUGACUGGAAGUUCAGUGAAGUUUUUUCUUUGGUUUCUCUUAGAAGCUUUAGUCGUUGAUGCAUUGAAGCUUGAAGCCAAAGAUUCUAGCUCCUUGUGCAAGAUAUGCAUGUGUAGAAAUUCAGAAGUCGAUUGUAUAGCUAAGAAUAUUCAACACGUACGAAGAGAAGAUAUACCAAGAGGCACUCGCUAUCUAUAUUUGUCGGAGAAUCCAAUUGUCUGCGACUGCGCACUAGCUGAAUUACUGCGGCACAGCAAAUUGAAGGUUAAGGGCGCAUGCGCGAAUGGGCAACACAUCGGGAAGGACUUGGCACUACUCAGAUACGAAGACUUUGAUUGCGGAUUAUUAUUGCCUUCAGAAAUGUCACGUGAGCGACACCGAAGAGAAACAGAAAUUACCCAGUGCAUACCGGGCACUCUUAACUGCGUUCCGAUCACGUGUGGUGGCAAUAACUUCUGGUUACCCUUGGCAACGUAUUGGGGUUGCUGUAAAGGCCAGGUCCAUGAUCUACGCAAGUCUUUCUGUGAGUCUGUACAAGGAACGAUAGUGUGCAUAGCAGCAGACUUCCAAUGCCGAAACCAGCACUGCCUUCCUACACAGUGGGUCUGUAAUGGGCAAAACGACUGCCAAGACGGGUCGGAUGAGAUAGGAUGCGAAGGCUGCAAAAACGUGGCAGACUCGUUUCGGUGCAGGAACAAGCGUUGCAUUCCCGCCUCCAGAGUGUGCGAUACGUAUAACGACUGUGGAGACGGCUCCGAUGAAACGUUCUGUAGGUGGAAAGAUGGUAGCGGAUGGUGUGGCGUUCACGAUUUCCGCUGUGCAAACGAUCGCUGUACUCAUUUGAGCAAUGUUUGCAACGAUCGUGACGACUGCGGCGAUGCUUCCGAUGAGGCCGGAUGUGUCGCAAAAACCACCACAAGUUGUGAAGAUGGAUGGAGCUAUUACAAUGGCCGCUGUUACAAGGUCGUCAUCAAACCGUCCACUUGGGCGCAUGCGCAGUCAGCCUGUCGAUCUAAUGACUCGCACUUAAUCAAGAUCACUUCCUUUGGGCUUGACUACUUCACCCAGAGUUUAAGUAGUCACAUCAGUAUGUUUUGGAUCGGCCUGUCGCGUAGCAACGGAGCAUUCAGAUGGACUGACGGGGAGAAACUUGGGAGUUUUGCGAAUUGGGCGAUUGGCUCACCGGUUAUGGAUGCCGGUACAGAUUGCGUUGCUAUGGUGAAUCUGACGAUUGUGUCGAAAACCUGGCGAAACCAGGAUUGUGGUCUAAAGCUAGGCUAUGUCUGCGAUAAAGGUGGGACUUUGCAAUCGAUCAAGUUGAUUAGAUUCUUAUAACUUAAAAGCAUAGAUACAGGAGGCGACAAUGAUUUACCUUUAUUUGUUU